GGAGUGAUCCACUUGAUGACGCUGUGUGCGCGUAGCUCAAGACUUUUCUACACUUUGCUUGGUUGGGAUUGCCUACAUCACCAACGCUUCCCCUCCUUCUUUCUCUUCGGCCUCCGCCAUUGGGGUGUAAGGACUGCGGACAAAAUGUCGUCCCACAAGACUUUCAGGAUCAAGCGCUUUCUCGCCAAGAAACAGAAGCAGAACAGGCCCAUCCCACAGUGGAUCAGAAUGAAGACUGGCAACAAGAUCAGGUACAACUCCAAGAGGAGACACUGGAGGAGGACCAAGCUGGGCUUGUAAAUAUACAGGUCUUCAGAUCUCCAGCGUUCACAGCAUCUUCACCUGCCAAGGCCACCACCUGCUAGAACCUGGAGAGGAAAGCCACGCUAUCUUGAACGGCAGUCUUUUUGUACAAAUACUCUGGUUAUGCGCGUGUUUAACAAUAAAAGAUUUGCGAAACGAGA